AUGAAGGACUUGGUCGUGUCUGCAUGCAGGAGCGCAGCCUGCUGUGUGUUUCUUCUGGUCUUCAUAGUUGGAGUGAAACCUGAGGUCCUGUCAUCAAACCCGUCAGCCAGCAAGCCGCCCAUUUUGAAACCUCUCCAGGAUGAACCCCAGCCGUUCCCCAGCGAGGAAAAAGCUAACUUGCCCGUGUUCACCAUGGAUUACCCCCGAAUCCAGAUCCCCUUUGAGUUCACUCUGUGGGUGCUGCUGGCUUCAUUCGCAAAGAUUGGCUUCCACGUUUACCACAAAAUCACCAUCUGGAUCCCGGAGUCCUGCCUACUCAUUGCCAUCGGUCUGAUCGUGGGAGCCAUCAUGCACUCGGUUAAAGAGGAGCCCCCUGCCGUCCUGGACUCCAAUGUCUUCUUCCUCUACAUGCUCCCACCCAUCGUUCUGGACAAUGGCUACUUCAUGCCCACGCGUCCCUUCUUUGAGAAUGUGGGGACGGUCCUGUGGUACGCGGUAGUAGGGACGCUGUGGAACAGCGUCGGUAUCGGCCUGUCCCUCUACGCCAUCUGCCAGAUCGAGGUGUUCGGAGUUCAAGACAUCAACCUGCAGGAGAACCUGCUGUUUGCCUCCAUCAUCUCAGCUGUGGACCCAGUGGCGGUGCUCACCGUGUUUCAGGACAUUGGAGUGAAUGAGCAGCUGUACAUAGUCAUAUUCGGAGAGGGACUUUUCAACGAUGCCGUCACUGUGGUCCUCUAUAACAUGUUUACCUUCGUGGCUGACAUGCCCACAGUUGAAUCCACUGACGUGUUUCUUGGCGUGGCCAGAUUCUUUGUGGUCGGCCUGGGAGGUCUGCUGUUCGGCUUCCUGUUCGGCUUCGUGGCGGCAUUCACCACUCGAUUCACCUCCAACGUGCGCCCUAUCGAGCCUCUGUUUGUUUUCAUGUACAGCUACCUGGCCUACCUGGUGGCCGAGCUCUUUGCCAUAUCCAGCAUCAUGGCCAUUGUAAUGUGUGCCAUCACAAUGAAGUACUACGUGGAGGAGAAUGUAUCCCAGCGGUCAUGCACCACCAUCCGCCAUGUGGUCAAGAUGCUGGCCACCAUCUCAGAAACACUCAUCUUCUUCUUCCUGGGUGUCGUUACCGCAACGACUGACCACGAGUGGAACUGGGCCUACAUCCUCUUCACGCUACUGUUUGCCUUUGUGUGGAGGGGGCUGGGGAUUCUGGCGCUGACCCAGAUCAUCAACCCCUUCCGCACCAUCCAAUUCAACUUCAAGGACCAGUUUGGCCUGGCCUUUGGAGGCCUGCGGGGGGCAGUCUGCUUCGCCCUGGUGUUCACCCUGCCUGACAACAUCAACCGAAAAAACCUGUUUGUCACCGCCUCCAUCGCCAUCAUCAUAUUCACUGUGAUCAUACAGGGUAUCAGCAUUCGACCCAUAGUGGAAUACAUGAACAUCAGGAGGACCAACAGGAACCUGAACACGAUAAACGUGGAGAUUCACACCAGGCUGAUGGAGCACACCAUAUGUGGCAUGGAGGACCUGUGUGGACAGUGGAGCCAUUACUACUGGAAAGACAAGUUUAAGAUGUUUAAUGACCGUGUCCUGAGGCGUAUUCUGAUCCAGGACAGCCGGGCUGAGUCCAGUAUUGUGGCUCUGUAUAAGAAACUGGAGCUGCAGAACGCCAUCAAGUUACUGGACACGAGCAUGGGUGACAUCAGCGCAGCGCCAUCUAUUGUCUCUCUACACGAUGAGAAAAAGGCCGCCUCCAGACCAAAGAGGAAGUUCCUGGCUGCAGAUGUGAGAAGCAUGCACGAUAUCCUGGCGAAGAACAUGUACAAGAUCCCACAGAAGACUAUGGGUUACACCACCAAACAUAAUCUGCCUGACAACAGCCACGCUAGAGAGAUUCUGAUUCGCCGACACUCCACCGUCAGGCGCAGCGUCCGUGCUAGCAGCAUCCGUUAUCCGCCUGUGCAGAGGUCUCAGAAGUACUAUUCCCUGCAGCCCGGCGGGAAUUUGGAGUCCGUGUUCCCUCUGAGAAGACCAAGUCAUGGCGAUGGCAGCGACCUCGGCCCAUCCCCCUGCACCUCCUCUCACUCCCUGCUUCCAUUACGGAGGCUAGACACCAUCAGGGAGGUGAUGCAGGGGGUCAACACGCUGGACCAGAGCAGUCCAGGUCACCAACCCGCCAGAACGAGCAAGGCCCCGGUCCCUGUCCCCAGGAGACGUCAUUCAGAGCGGGCGGAGGCGAACGUCGACGCUGGAGACCUCCAGGCACCUGGAGGGGAGGUAGAGGGGAAGGUGCGUCCUCCUCGGUUGCCCACACCUCAAGGGUGGGUGGUAGAGAACGAGGAUCCCAGAGUGGACGGAGCAGGACACCCACUACUGAGACGCUCCUCACAGGGUCUCAACCCUGAGAGACCACAUGCAUGUGCACAGGAGCAUGCUAACCAGUCCUACGUCAAGUGA